CAAUCCUUUUUGUCAUGAAAAUAUAAAAUUUAAAAUGUUUAACCGAAAUAUAUUUUUAAAAAAAAGCAUCGUAAGCUUAAGGUUUAGUUUCAGUGUGCCUUAAUUUAUUAACCUGUUUUAUCUUUGUAAUAUUCAGCAUGUUAAAUCAUUCAGCCAUUUGUUAUAUAAUCACUUUUACGCUUCCAUAUUAUAUAAUAGCCUUAAAGAUGAAUCACACUGUUAACUGUGAAAUUGGCUUCAUUUUGAGAUCACUGAAGCAAAUGAAACUAAUGGCAAUGAAAGUCUAGUAAUGAACAACUUGAACUACAUAAUAGCGACAAAAACAGUUAAUUAGUAAAGCCCUUGUUCUUACAUUGUGUGUUAGCACAAUUGAUGUGUAAAGAAAAUGCCUCAUUAUAUUAAAGCACACUGAUUUCCGGUGUGGCUGCAGUAUUCCCUAUGGAGUCUGUUCCUCAUUCAGUAUUUAUUGGUCAUGGAUGGGGGUUCUGGACCGCCCGCAAUCUCUCGGCCCCUGAGUCAGCGUUCCUUCAGCAUGUAGAAGCAAAUGUGAUUAUAGAACAGUAAAGGGCAAACUGAAUAUAUACCAACAUUACUCAAACAAAUCAAUUUAGCCUUUCAAAAAUCAGCUCUGUGAUUUAAGAACAGGCAUUUGAUUGAAUGAUGCUGUGAGGGGCUCAUGAAACGUUUCCAUUCAUGUUUUAUUCUCAUUUAUUAUCAGUGCCACUGCAGACUUUUUGAGUAAAAAUAAUACUUAAAAUCUGAUAACUUGUGUCAGUUACCAAAACAAGACCUCAGAUGUCCUUAAAUUGUAAUUUAAAUUGUACAUUUGGGAAGUUGUUGAAAUGGUAUAAUAUGCUUUAUCUAAAACUAUUUUAAACAACAGUUUGUAAAUUCUUUUAUAAUUAUUAUGUGUGCAGUUUUUAUGGGCUUAUAUUGAUUAAAGAAUGCUAUGAAUAUUUGUCAUUUAAAAAAAUAUCAUUAAAGACAAAAGACAUAUUAAAGACAAAAAUAUCAUUAAAAAUGGUGAAAAACUUAAGCAAAAUACACAUUUUAUUUUAUACAUUCAUAUCAAUUUUAACCUAAAAUCUUGAAAAAAAAAAAAAAAAAAAAAAAAAGUCUGUGGACACGUGUCAACUACCUACCCAUGCAUAUAUAUUGUAAUUAUGUCUACCAUCGCCCACCCUGUCUUCUAGAUACAGUGUUGGUUAUUAGCCAUUGAAAAAAAACAAAUCACUCGACAACUAAUAGAAACGAUAGCAGCAUAUUCCCCUGAGAAAGCGUCCCAUCAGUGUGUGUGAUACAACUCUAUCCUCAUCCACAGCAGAAUCAAUGAGAGAGAGAGAGAGAGGGGAUGAGAGAGAAAGAAAGAGAGACUGUCUCAUUCGCUGCCGUUCUUUCUAAUUGGAUCAAGCGUAGACUUGCCCGACUCUCUGCUUUAUGCUCAUAGUGUGAGAGGAGAGAGACACCAGACAGAGCGAGAGACAGAACGUGUGUGAUGGAUAAGGAGAGGGAGAAAGAGGAGGGGUGUAAGAAGGGGUGUGUGUAAUCUUCACUCCUAUCUCCUUGUCCUUCCGUGUGGUUCUGCGCACAAGUCUUUAACGACCGACUCUUACUCUGCUCCGGGGAGGCAGCGCUUUGAUCGGACAUACACCUGCUGCUUUCAGAUGAUUCAGCCGUUUUCGGUAGCGACUGGCAGAGUGUGACAGCAUGAACCGCAGCCCAGGCACACCAGCCCCCUCCUCCAGCCCUGCCCCCAGGUGAGUGCUGCACUCUCUCCGGACCUCUCUGACACGCUCUGAGGCGGGAUCCACCCUGGGGCGGCCUCACACAUCUGCCUCCGGAGCAUAUGCCUUAUUUAUAGACUUGCUGCCUGUGUUUUUCUUCCUGCUCCUUUGGAGACAGUGAGAACGACCGGGGCGACAGAAAUUAGAGCCACUGAAGUCUUCCUCUUCCUCUUUAGUAACGAGGUUAGUCAAUUGAGCAUCGUGUCCGAGUCCCUUCCCCCUCGCUGGUGAUCUGAUAAUGGAAAGAACACUUUAUGAGGCAGCAUGCCUGCCGCUGCUGCCGCAGCACUAGAGGGAGGUCUGCUGCACGUCUGCUUCUGAGAGACAGAACGAGGGGGAGAGAUGAAGUCGGAAGCGGCGGAGGACAUCUCAGCUGGACUUGCAUCUCAAGAGGCUCCUUCAGAAGCUUUAUCUGAGGUCACCACAAAAGAGACGCCCGGCGAAGCGGAGGAGGACGUUCCGGGGGACGGCGACAGCUCCGAGCGUGGUCCUCUGGGAUGCGUGCCUUUGCCUGCGGCCGUGUGCUGUGUGUGCCUCGAUCUGGAGCGGGUGAGUAACUGCGUCCGCUCUGAAAAAAUCUGCAUCCUGCCCAUCCUGGCCUGCUUGCUGAGUCUGGCUCUCUGCACUGCCGGCCUCAAGUGGGUCUUUGUGGACAAGAUCUUUGAAUACGAGCCACCGACCCACCUUGAUCUCAAGCGCAUAGGACAGGAUCCUAUAAUAAAUUCGGACUUUACUCAGAAUCCAGUAUCAGUCUCACCUUCCACGGUCACCCCGUCGACUCCGUCUUUCCCAGGACAGCCCAAGGUCUUUGUGGAGGGAGAGUCCACAGCCGGACCCUUUGAGGUCCCCUCAUCUAAGGUGGCCAUUUUCACACCCACUGCAGCAGUAACUGUUCACACAAACUCUGUGUCUCCACCCAGCCCCAAGAGCACCUUCAAACCUGUCCAGAAUGGCACUGCAAACCAAUAUACAUCUCAAACUCUGGAAUCUAAUGAGAUUGUUCCAAAGACAUCCACCAGCACCACUCCCUCGGCCAAGACUUCCAGUCACAUGACGCCCUGCAGCGAGACCGAGAAAGAAUUCUGCGUGAACGGCGGGAAAUGCUACACGCUGGAGGUCACGCCCGGAAACAUCAGACACCUCUGCAGGUGCCCCAAUGAGUUUACUGGUGAUCGCUGCCAAAGCUACGUAAUGGCCAGCUUCUACAAACAUCUUGGGAUUGAAUUUAUGGAAGCUGAGGAGCUCUAUCAGAAACGCGUUUUGACUAUAACAGGCAUCUGCAUCGCUCUUCUAGUUGUUGGCAUCAUGUGUGUGGUGGCUUACUGCAAAACAAAGAAACAGAGGAAAAAGCUGCAUGAUCGUUUGCGACAAAGUUUACGAGAGCGAAACGCUGCGGCCAAAGGCCCUCAGCAGCCCCACCCUCCACCCGAAAACCUGCAGCUGGUCAAUCAUUACAUGCCGAAAAAUCCCAUCCCUCCUCACGUGCAUGUGACAGAUAGAGAAGCGGAAACAUCUCUCUCCACCGAGUUCACAACAUCAACACAUCCGUCCACUGCUGUCACUCACUCCUCCAGCCAGUGCUGGAGUAAUGGGAAAGCAGACAGCAUGGUUUCUGACAGUCAUGCAGUCCUGGUGAAGUCAUCGCUGGAGAACUGCCGGCAUGGAACACCCGGUCACAGGGGGCGUCUGAAUGCUACUGGAGGCGUCCAUCAGCUCAACGAUUACCUGAAGAACUCCAGAGAAACCCAGGGCUCCUGUAGAGACUCCCCCUACAGCGAGAGGUAUGUUUCAGCCAUGACUACACCCACCCGUCUGUCCCCCAUGGGGCUUCUCUCUCCAGAGACACCUUCCUCGCCUCCCUCUGAGAUGUCGGCUCCUCUCUCCAGCCUGGCAACCUCUGUUCCUUCUAUGGCAACCAGUCCCUCAGGAGAGGAGGAGCGCCCCCUGCUGUUCCGGACACCGCCAAUCCUGCGUGACAAAUCCAGUUCAAACCAGGGCCAGAAGGGCCAUAAUCUCCGCAACUCAGCCCACUACAAUCACGGCCUGGACCUGCCCAGCCCUCCGGCCAGCCCUCUGCACAUUGCAGAGCACGAGGAGUACGAGAGUUCACAGCAGUACACAAGCACAGCUGCAGCGGCCGCACCGUCCUCCCCCCUUCACAGCCCCAGCGCCACCGCUCAGCGCAGUACAAGAACUCAGUCGAGCGGCCAGACGGCGCCGGAGCCCGUCAGCGGCAGUAACUCAGAGAGCAGCAGCUCAGAGAGCGAGACAGAGGAUGAGCGGGUGGGAGAGGACACACCGUUUCUCGGCUUACAGAACCCUCUGGCCACGGCUGCUGGGUCAGUCAUUCUGGACGGGCUGGAGGGCAGCAGAACUAACCCCGCACUGCACCUCUCGCCGCAACACGACCUGCAGAGCAGACUGACGGCCGUCAUGGCCAACCAAGAUCCUAUAGCUGUUUGAAAGAUGCAUUGAAGAAAAAAAUCACCACUAAACCUUUAUUUUCUAUAAUUAAGUAUUGCGAAAAGAAAAACUUAAACUUUUAUUUUAGUGAUGUAGUGAAACAAAGACUUUUAUAAUGUGUGCAACGUGUUUGUGUCAUGGAAAAAAGUGCCAUUCACAUGUAGCUAAGGUCACAGUAUUUCAAUGGCAGAAAAAAUAUAAUCAAUGGUGCCUUUUAAUUUCAGUUUGAAAAAAGAAGAUCUGCAUUAUGACACUGGGCCAUAUAUUCACGACUUUGAGGCAACAAAAUAAAUAAUUUGUGACUGAAAGAAAAAAAAAAAUCCACCAGCACUCCAUGUUUGAAUUCUGAUUAAAAUGUGUAAAAAUGCAUUAUGGUCUCUUAGCCUAGUGGUUUUCAAUCCUGAUCCGGGUCCAUUUUGUAUGUCUCCCAUAUUUAACACACCUGAUUCAGAUGAUCAGCUCCAUGAACUGAGCUGUGUCAGAUAUGAGAGACGUCCAGAGAGGCUGCUCGCCAGGACUGGCCUUGAAAAUUAGAUUUAACCUGACUUGGCAAGAAUGUUUUUUUUUUUUACAUUGAUAAUUAUUUUUGCAUUUUGAUUUAAAAUAUUGAUGUGAGGCUGCUGCAAACUGAAAACAAGACAAUUCAAAAGCUAUAGAAUUAAGAAAAGAAAAAAAUUCACAGGAAGCAAAUCAUGUACGAUCAGCUAUUAAUGAAACAUAAUCAUUUUAUAUUAUGGCUGUCAUGUAUAGCGGACAUUAGUUCUAUGAGAAAGCCAUUAUAUCUGAUUACUGAUUUAUGACUGAAUAUAUGGCUCACUUUGUCGAUCAUGCUCAUUGGCUUUUCAAGCAAUGCAUUGUGGGAAAGUUAUAGCACCACUUUUAUGAUACUGACAUCAUUUUUAUUCCUAUAUUUUAUUUUAUUAGUUAUUGUCCAGAUCACUUUUUUACAUUUGUCCAUUGCUAUCCAUGUAGAAAGUUACAUUAUAUUCAAAGUGUUCCUUUGUGUCUUGUUAUUUCUCAUCAUGUUUAUGUAUAUAUAUGUGAUCAUUUAAAGAACAAAUCACCUGUUGUACAGUAUUUUGUUAUGUUUGCGUCACCAGAUUACUACAGUAACUUAUGUAUUCACAAGGGUUUACUGAAAAUAGCCUCUAAUAGUCUAUCCAGCUUGCAAAACAAAAGAACUGGUUACACAGGCAACACUUUUAACCCUAGAGCUCACUAUAAAGCUCCUGGCUCUAGUGUGUGAAGGCCUUUUCCCCUACGUUUCCUCUUUCAUGAAAUGUGGCCCGUUUUACUGUAUUUAUUUUCUUUAUUUAUUUGUUAUUUAUUUAUUUAUUAUCUGGGCCUUAUGGAAUCUAGCAUCUAUAAAUCUAUAUUUUAAUAUAGCAAUGACAAUAAGAGAUAUUUGCAGUCUUUGGGUACAUCAACAAAACCUUAUUUUUAGUGUGUUUUUUUUUUUUUUUUUUUU